CUAACCAAGAGGUAGCUAACCAAGUGGCAACUAACCAAGUGGUAACAAACCAAGUGGUAGCUAACCAAAUGACAAUUAACCAAGCAGUAGCUAAUCAAUUGGUAGCUAACCAAGUGACAACUAACCAAGCGACAGAUAACGAACAACCACGAGCACAAGAUCUAUUAUGUGUCUUUGCUAGCUUUUUUGAAAAAUAUAAAAGUCUUGGUUUAUUAGAAUGUGAAAUGAAGGAAUCACAAAUUAUAUGGCAUGCAGAUAGUAAAAAACCAAGGGAUCGUCUUCAAUUGUAUCAUACCUUCUUUUCUGAAUUAGUUCAAAUUCAAAUGCAUUUAAGAAAUUUUUCUUUAUGCGAAAAGCAUUAUAAUCAAUUAAUUAUAUCUGAUUUUUUACAUCAAAUUCUUUUAAGUUCAAAUUUGCCUAGUAAUUUGCUUAGUAGUUUGCCCAGUAAUUUGCCUAAUAAUCGACGUAAGCAUGCUGAAACAGAAGCUAAAAUAAAUAUAUGUAAUAUUAUGCAAGCUAACAAACAAACUAAUGAGGUUGCUGUGCAAGCUAGUAAUAAAACUUACAAGAUUAAAGAUCUCAAAAAACAAUUAAAAUAUGCAUAUAACUAUGUAAUAGGAAGUUGGGAACGUGUUCAAGAAAUUAAUAAAAUAAAUAAAGAGUUAACUGAACAAAAUAAU